CUACGGGCCGCAGAGAUGGCAACUCCCGAGGUGGUUAUAAAUAGCUGCAGCUUUCAGUCUGAGGAAAAUGGGGCCACAUUUAACCAGAAUACAUCUCCCUCUGAGGAGCUUCUAUUAGAAGACCAGAUGAGGCGAAAACUCAAAUUCUUUUUCAUGAAUCCUUGUGAGAAAUUCUGGGCUCGAGGCAGAAAACCAUGGAAACUUGUCAUACAAAUUAUAAAACUUGUAAUGGUGACUAUGCAGCUGGUCUUUUUUGGGCUAAGUAACCAGAUGGUGGUAGCUUUCAAGGAAGAUAACACUAAUGCAUUCAAACACCUCUUUCUAAAAGAAUACGUGAACCAAGCGGAUGACACGUAUGCCGUGUACACACAGAGUGAUGUAUACAGUCAGAUCAUCUUCGCAGUGAACCAGUACUUGCAGCUACGCAACGUCUCAGUUGGGAAUCAUGCUUAUGAGAAUAAGGGUUCGGAACAGUCUGGGAUGGCGAUCUGCCAGUACUUCUACAAGCAAGGAAACAUCUGUCCUGGAAAUGAUACCUUUGACAUUGACCCCAAAAUCGAAACUGAAUGUUUCUCUGUGGAGCCAGAUGAAUCUUCUUACAUUGGAACACUGGAAGAAAAUAAACUCAACUUAACGCUGGACUUUCACAGACUUUUAACAGUGGAGCUGAAGUUCAAACUGAAGGCCAUUAAUCUGCAGACUAUUCGUCAUCACGAGCUCCCUGACUGUUAUGACUUCACUCUGACUAUAACUUUUGACAACAAAGCCCAUAGUGGAAGAAUUAAGAUAAGUUUAGAUAAUGACAUUUCCAUCAGAGAAUGUAAAGACUGGCACGUGUCUGGAUCAGUUCAGAGGAACACUCAUUACAUGAUGAUCUUUGAUGCCUUUGUCAUCCUGAUGUGCUUGGCUUCGUUAAUCCUGUGCUUACGAUCUGUGAUUAAAGGAAUUCAGCUUCAACAGGAAUUUGUCAAUUUUUUCCUCGUCCAUUAUAAGCAGGAGGUUUCUGUUUCUGAUCAAAUGGAAUUUGUCAAUGGAUGGUACAUUAUGAUUAUUAUCAGUGACUUAUUGACAAUCAUUGGAUCAAUUCUGAAAAUGGAAAUCCAAGCCAAGAGUCUAACAAGUUAUGACGUCUGCAGCAUACUUCUUGGGACCUCUACCUUGCUUGUGUGGAUUGGCGUCAUCCGAUACCUCAGUUUCUUUCACAAGUACAACCUCCUCAUCUUGACCCUCCAGGCGGCGCUGCCCAAUGUCAUGAGGUUCUGCUGCUGUGCAGCUGUGAUUUAUUUUGGCUACUGCUUCUGUGGAUGGAUUGUGCUGGGGCCUUACCAUGAGAAGUUCCGUUCUCUGAACUUGGUCUCCGAGUGCCUUUUUUCUUUGAUAAAUGGAGAUGAUAUGUUUGCCACAUUUGCAGGAAUGCACCAAAAAAGUUACUUGGUCUGGCUAUUUAGCAAAAUUUACCUCUACACAUUCAUCAGUCUCUUUAUAUACAUGAUUUUGAGUCUUUUCAUUGCACUGAUCACUGAUACAUAUGAAACGAUUAAGCAUUACCAACAAGAGGGCUUCCCGGAGACCAGACUUCGUACAUUUAUAUCAGAGUGCAAAGAUCUACCCAACUCUGGAAAAUACAGAUUAGACGAUGACCCUCCAGUGUCUAUAUUCUGCUGUUGUAAAAAGUAG